CGCGUCGCUGCGUGUUUAGUUGCGUUCGCUACUCGCCCAAGAAUAGCCGCUGCGAUGGAUCCCUUUCCUACUGGACUACUGUCGGAUUAAUUCGUUGGUCGUAAACGGCCAGCGGGUUAUGAAACCUUCGCCACACCGACCUUUUGAUUAGUGACGUGCGCGUGUAUCGGCUUGUUUACGAUUCUAAUAUAUGGCUCAGUAUUCAACUUAACAGUUCGACGUAAACUUGUGUGUAUUGCCGUUUUGCACGGUUUUUAAAUCGUUAUCAGCCCGUGCUUACAAAUGAAGAUAACAUGGUGUCUUGAUAACAUUAAAGCCGCAAAUUGAGGCGCCGAUGAUGUGUAUUAAAAAUUAGCAAGCGUAGAGAUACAACGUUUGUGAAUCCCUAGAUUUAUGGCGCGCGGACAAGUGUUAGUGGCAUUUUGUUUGCUUGAGUUAUUUUAAUGUACAUUGAGUGGGGUUCCCGUUUGAUCCGCGUGCAUAUGACUGAUGCCUGUAGCGUCUGCGCCGGUACAAGUGUAGCGGCGGACCUAUUUUAGUACCACGGAAAUAAGAGCGGCAAAAGGAGCAAAAAGCACCGUCUGACUGAAAAACUUGAGGUCGUGGUGUGGAGAGUAUUUCAGUCUGUUGUGAUCCGAUGUCUAUAACAAUUGCUUGUGUAAUUAGUGCAGUGUUAUAACGAAUGGGGAAAAUGAAGAAAAGGACGAUAUCGACACUCAAAGCUAUAUUUGGCUCGAAGAAAGGCAAGCGGCACCAUUCUUCGAAGUCUUCACGUUCGGUCACGCCGGACCCGCCCACGCCAAGCAGCGUCGAGUCCUUCCGGCCGAUCCCGCGCACGCCGCCGCCGACCCGCGUGGGGCCCCCGCCGUCCCCCCCGGUCCCCACUCACCCCAUAGCCCCCGUGGCCCCAGAGCCCUCGGGGCCCAUCAGGCUAAUCCCCUGCGCGGUAUGCGGGAGGACCUUCGUACCGGAGUCGCUCGCCAAACAUGUCAAAAUAUGCGAGAAGACGACCGUCAAGAAACGGAAGACAUUCGACUCUUCCCGGCAGAGACGCGAAGGGCUGCCAGCGGCGAAUGGUGUUAAUACCGGUACGGAUUUGGAGCAGUACUUGCCAAAGAACUUUGGGUUGCCCGAGAACAGUCCGUUCUUGGAAAAGAGUCCGCCGAACACUGCCAAAGCGGCGCCGAAGCCAAAGCCGCAGUCUAUCAGGACUACUAUCAUGAAGCCGGCAGCCGACCUGCAGAAGUGCCCGCACUGCAGCCGCGCGUUCGGCGUGCGCGCCUUCGAGCGGCACGUGGAGUGGUGCGCCGACAAGGCCAAGAUCCUCCCCGCCGCGCCCGUGCAGCCGCCGCACGUCACCGACGCGAAGCAGAGGCUUAAUGCUCGCACACAGUACAAGGCGCCGCUUGUGAGAGGCAGACGAUCUUCUCAGAGCCGCGACAAGUCGUCCCAGAGCCGCUCGGCGUCCGUGGAGUCGUCGCGCGACUACGGCGACGGACGGCGCGCCAGGGCUUCAGAAUCCAUGUCGAGCAAUGAUUGUAAUGAUGAACCGUCCCCGCACGUGCCAGUUAUUAGAAACCCUAGAAACUCUCAAAAUAAAUCUUCAGGCGAUGCCAACGUUAAAGCGCGGCAAGCUAGAUUAGCAAGAGAUCUUAGCAGCUCAAGACUGGACGACGGUUACGACCCAUUUGUAUCAGCCGCUAGGCAAAUGAAAGAGCUCCUAUCUUCAGAUACCGAUAUGCCUAAAAAGAUGCAUAACUCUUCCAAAGACCUCACCCGCACUCUUCCCAUCCUCCGUCCUGCCAGGGACAAAGCUCCAUUAUCACAACUUCGCACUGAAAAUUCCAAAAUGAUAAAAGACACUCUUAACAAAACAUACCAAAAAACUCCUACCCUGCAAAGAAUGAAAUCUUUUGGAAGCACGAACAACGAUAAUAACACUAACACUAGCAGUUUCGGGGGUAGAUGUAGCUCUUUUAGACUUAACAGAAAUGAUAAAAAGUCUAGUCAAAAACUGAACACAACCUUUACUAAAUCGAGUAAAGAAAAUAUUAGCAUGACAGACAAAACCAACUUCAACCGCAACAGCAGCCUUAAUAGAUCAUUCUCAAGCUACACCACAUCUAAUUAUAGUACUCCAAAACCAAAAGAUAAAAUCCCGAAGAUUGCAACCUCUAUGUACCAUAGCUUCACGCGAACUACUAUAAAACAGCCUGUAAAACUUGACAAAAUAAAGAGAGAUGAAGAAGAAAAGAAAAAAUUCGUAAACCUUGAUGCAAUCCUUGCUGACGAUAAUUCGUCCAUGACCGACAGUAAUUACAUCGAUCCCAGGCUUAUUAAUGAAAAUGAUAACUUGCCCAUUAAUGUAAACACAAUCCUAAACAAUCCCGACAUUAUCAGUAGUAUGGAGUCCCUUCUUACCACAGAAAACUUGCCUUCUAAAUUUGAUUCUUUCAGCAAAAUACAUAUUCAUAAUUAUGAAUUAAACGGUAAUAUUGAUUCACAAAUGAAAGCGGAAAAAGACAAAGUCAACAACAACACUGACAUUAAUAAACUGGCUGCCGCCCCGGUAGACAAUUUAAGUGCCCAAUACGACAAAAUUAUGUCUUCUUUGGAAGAAAGCAUCGCGUCUAAAACGUUAGCUAGGGAUGAGGAGUCUGUCUUCGAGGAGUUUGACCUCGAAGAAUUCAUGACUACUUUUGACGAAGAAAUUCAUAAAAGGAAAUCUGAAAAUAAAAGAACUUGUAGUUCUACCACUAGGGUUGUGAGGCAGUCAGAGCUCAACGGUAGCAAUAGGACUUCAGCUUUUAGUAGUGUUAGCUCCACCCCUAAACAAGUAAACCCCAAUAGUAACGGUCUCAGUCUCACCCCAGUUACCAACAAGCCUUUUAAUUUUAGCAGUAACAAUAUCGUGAGCGAAAACCUCUUCCCAUCCUCCGUCAAACGUUCCACUUCCCUCCUCGACUCCAUUCACAAGAAGGUCUCGAAAACGGAAAGCGGGAACACGCGGCACAAAUCCGACCAACUCGAACAAGACAUUAUGCAAUCCUUGAAAGAGUUCGACAAGUUCUACGAAUUCGAGAAGAACCAAAUUAACCAAUCGAACAAAGAUAUCGUCAAUUACAAUGCACAUGUACACAACGGGACGGAAAAGGAAUCGCGGAGUAAAACGCAGCGGAAAAGUGGGAAAUCUGAGAGCAAUUCCAACGGGAACUACACGCCUAAUGGGAAAUCUAGCAACGACUCGGCUUAUAGCAGGUUAGUCAGCUUAAAUAGAAUAUCUCCUUCGAAACUAACGGUAUGCCCGAAGGAGUUAAACGGUCCGUCGUCAUUGGAGCGAAUACCCGCGGGCUCGGACUCCAGCGGGAGUGCGAAAGACGAAAUACGAUCCGUCUCCAGCGAGGAGUUCUUAGCGAUGGAGCGUUCGGCGGAGCUGGACGAGCCCAUACCGCCUCCGGAGCAUACGCCGUACAAAGAAGUCGAAAACCAAGUCCAUGAGAAGCGUGUAAGCUCCCAUCAUGCGUCGUCGCGGCGCGACUCAUGGCGGCCGCGCGCCGACCUGAGCUCGAGCAGCUCGGAGGUGUCGCUGCACAAGGCGCCGCAGCGGCUGUCGCGCUUCUGCCACGAGUGCGGCAGCCGCUUCCCCGUCGACGCCGCCAAGUUCUGCAUCGAGUGCGGCGUCAAGCGCCUCGCCGUCUAGCGCGGAACACGCGGAG